AUGUCAAAUCAAGAAAUUAAUGAAAUAAAUAGCUUACCAGUUUUAGACUAUGAUAUAUUUGGUAAAUGUAAUGAUAUGAUGGUAUUUAAAAAUUCAAUUAUUUUAGAAUUUUAUCAAUAACACAUAAAAUUUAAAAAGAGAUGAUCAAUAAAUUAAACAAAAAAUUGGAGCGGUAGGAAAAUUAAUUAAUGCACUUUUAAAAUUUUUAAAAUAAUAAGAUAGUUCAUCACUAUAAGACUAACCAGAUUAUUAUGAUAUUGUUUACUUAAUAAAUAAUAACUUAUCUUAAAAAAUAAAGCAAUAUGAAGAUAAAAUUAAAUAGAUGAAUAUAAUUGAUCAAUAAUCUAAAGCUGAAAUUAAUCAAUUGAAAUAAGAAAUAUAGAGAUACGAUAUUGAUCAAAGAAAAAAUGUAAAAUAAAUUGAAGAAUUACAUUAAAAGGUAAAAUAUUAAUUAAUUUUAGAUAAAAGCAUAAAAAAAAUAGCUCGACCUUUUAGAAGUAUUGGAAUCUGAAUAAAUACAAGAUAUUUAAUAUCAAUAUGAUAACUUAGAUUAACGAUAUUAAUAAUCAACUAAUUAAAUUAAAGAAUUAUAAUUUGAACUAAAAUAAAAGUAAGAUAAAAUUCAAGAAUAGGAAGGAAAAUUAAACUAAUUAUAAUAAUAAAUCAAAAAACUCUAAACUGAUUAAUCUCAAGAUAGAAAAGACCCAAUAUUUUAUAAAUAUUAAUAAAUUUUACAAAGGAAUUAGGAAUUAUAAGAAAUUAAUAAAUAACUUUGUAUACUAAAUCCUAUAUUCUAAUAAAAUAAUUAAGAAAAAGUUGAUGAAAAUCUUUAAAACUAGAAUGUAUAAGACGAAAAAUUGAAUUAAGAAAUCAAAGAAAUUUAGAAAAACAUCUUAUAUAAACUAAAUGAAUUAUAAGUUGCUAGUUUAUUCUUAAGUAUAUUCGUUGGAGUAUAUUUAAUAAAAUUAUAUUAAGAGUGA